AAGUAAAAGCUGUUUUGAAUGAGACCAGCAACAACCAGGGAAGUUCCUCAACAGAUGAUAGCAACCAUCCUGUUGGCGAUGAAAAAAAAAAGAAAAAAAAGAAAGUAGAGCACAGGUUGAGUAAUUUGUUGUCAAAAAUAAGAUCCACACCAAAAAAAUCAAAACCCCAGUCAAAGAAAGUAAAAAAAUUGCAGCUAAAGUAUGAAAGAUAUGAUUUUGAAUCGUGCGACUACAAACUGGUUAAGAUGAAGAAUGGUGGUGGACCACGGUUUAUAGAUGUGGAGCAUCCCACCCCGAUCACUUUCAGGGAGAUAAGACGUCAAGCCACAUCUUUGUAUUUUGACAAUAAUCACUGCAAUUUUUCUUUUGAACAUUUCAUUAAUUGUGAUGUUGAGCUAUCUACAAUUAGUGGUCGAAGUGUUGAAGAAACCGAAAAUUUGUGGGACUACAUACAAAGAAAAGGUGUUUGUUUAUCAAAAACAAUAUUUAUGCUUAGGUCUAAAUAUAAUGAAGGACUAGGUGAUGAAGAUGAAGACGACCUUCCAGCAGUACUUCUAACACCUGUGGAUACUUCAUCUGCCACUCCAAUUGAUGAUGCUAAUGUCGAUAAUUUAUUAUCCAGUUUGAGACCAUCGAUUAGAAGAAAAAUUUGUCACAUUUGUCAUUGCACAUAUGUGGGACAGGAAUGUCUUAUUUGUCUGCAAAAUACAGAGUUCUUUGAAAGUUUGAAUGCAGACAAGGAAACUGAAGUGGAUACUUUCAGUCUAAUGAUGCCUGGGACAAGUGGUGUUGAUGAAUCGAAUGACAUAUCAACUCUCACUCCUAUUCCAGAAUUUUCUGCAAAUCAUGUUAGUGAAUCUGAAUCAACUUCACCAAAUGACAUUUCAAUUAUAAAUCCAACUGUUGAAGAAUUACGGCAGCAACGCCUUGAUCAUUUUAUGCAACAGUCAGCCAAUCAACAAUCCCUUUUGUUAUGUGCCCAUGCAGAAGUUCAUCGUAUGAACUUGAAAGAUGAUAUGAUGAAGCUCUUCAUGGAAGCUCAACCCAGUAGAAGAAUCAGUUAUGUGUGGAUUGACUCACGUGGGAACAAAGAAGCGGGUAUCGGAUCAGGAGUAGCACGCGAUGUGUAUUCAACUUUUUGGAAGGAAGUUUCAAAUUCAUUUUUGAUAGGUGAAAAAGAGCGUGUCCCCUUCAUUCGACAUGAUAUGUACAAGGAAGAAUGGAGAUCAAUAGGAAAUAUUAUUGUGAAAGGUUUCAAAGACACUGGGUAUUUUCCGAUCAAUAUUAGCAAAGUCUUUGUUUAUUUUUGCAUACUUGGAAAAAUCAUAGAAAGGGAACUGAUUCCUUCAUUUCUGAAUUAUCUUUCAAGUGACGAAUCACAAUUGGUAGAGCAAGCUCUUGCGAAGAAUGCUACAACUUUGGAAAGUGACGAGUUUGUUGAUUUUCUUGACCAGUUUAACUGCAGGAGUAAAGUAACUAUAGAAAAUGUGAAGAAUGUUGUAUUUGAGAUAGCUCGUCAAGAGUUAAUCCAAAAACCUCACCUGAUAGCGACUUCAUGGCAAGAAUGUUUUCAAGAAUUGCGCUCUGAACCUGAGUUUAGCACAAUUGAUUCUGUAAAGCAAUUUUAUGACGAAAAAGUACCUUCGACAAAAAAAGUUAUUGCAUUGUUCAAACAUUGUGUUCCUGAAGAUAAUUCACAAAGAGAUUCGUUUAGUUUCCUGAAGCGGUAUAUACGUGGUUUAGAGUUGACCAUGUUGAAGAAAUUCAUGCAAUUUUUGACCGGUUCUGAUAUUUUGACAGUCAACAAAAUAGAUAUUGAUUUUAUUAAACCUGAAAGCGUAUUUUCAAGAAGACCAAUUGCUCACACUUGUGGUCCAUGCCUUGAACUGCCAAGUACAUACAACAGCUUUUGUGAACUGCGUGAGGAAUUUCACAAGAUACUCCAGCAGGGGGAUUGGGAGAUGGAUAUUAUGUAAUUACUUGUGUUUAU